UUUUUUCUUUGACCGAUUGCCAGACCGCAAAAUAUAACGUGACGCAGUCCAAGAAUCGAGGGGUGCAGGGCAGAAGCGAGCCAUGGCUUCCUCUCCUCUAUCCGCGGCGGCGGCGGCGGCGACGACGACGGCCACAUCUCCGUAUCUCCCCCCUUCUUUUCAACACCGUGGCAGCGGCCGCCCGAGGGGCUUCAUCCCCGCCCGCCCCCUAGCCAGCCGCCAACGACGCCCUUCCCCCUUAGUCCACUCUGGUUGUCGCAUCUCCCUCCUUCCCCCACAACGGCGAGGUAUACAUUUUCGAGCAAAGGAAAAGCAAUUCAUCACCACACAACCAUGUGGCAUUUCAAAGCAAUAUAUUGAUGAGAUUGAUGGAAGAGUUGUUGAAGGGCUAUCUCGAGGAUAUCCUGGAUGUGUUUCUUGUUUCCAAGGACACAAUCGAUCAAGGAGUUAUCGUACAAGAUACACACCAGGUGUCUUUCUGGACAAAUCAGCUUGUCUGUUUCAGAAGCACUUAGUCGGGGGUAGAUCAGUGAAACUAGCUCAUAUUUUGCAUGCUUUAGGUCCUGAGGAACCACAUGUAGCAAGUACCUUGUCAGAUACAGUCCUUGAAAAAUCAGGUUCUACUUUCUGGGACCCAGAGGCGGAGAAUGCCGAACUAGAAGGAUUUCUGAAUGCUCCACUUCCUUCUCAUCCAAAACUGCACCGAGGGCAACUGAAAAACGGAUUGCGAUAUAUUAUAUUACCAAAUAAAGUUCCAGCGAACAGGUUUGAGGCACAUAUGGAAGUUCAUGUUGGAUCAAUUGAUGAGGAAGAAGAUGAGCAGGGGAUCGCACAUAUGAUCGAGCAUGUUGCAUUUCUUGGAAGUAAAAAGCGUGAGAAACUUCUUGGUACAGGUGCAAGGUCUAAUGCAUAUACCGACUUCCACCACACGGUGUUUCACAUUCAUUCUCCAACUAGUACAAAGGACUCUGAUGCAGAUUUAGUUCCAUGUGUAUUGGAUGCACUUAAUGAGAUUGCUUUUCACCCAAAGUUUCUUCCAUCUCGUGUGGAGAAGGAGAGAAGGGCAAUUCUCUCAGAAUUGCAAAUGAUGAACACAAUAGAGUAUCGUAUUGAUUGUCAGUUGCUACAACAUUUGCAUUCAGAAAACAAACUGAGCAAAAGAUUCCCAAUUGGACUGGAAGAGCAAAUCAAGAAAUGGGACCCAGAGAAAAUCCAGAAGUUUCAUGAACGCUGGUAUUUUCCUGCAAAUGCCACACUAUACUUAGUGGGGGAUAUUGAUGACAUUCCUAAGACAGAGGCACAGAUUGAGUUUGUUUUUGGAAAGACUCUUGCAAAGAGUGAAAUGGCUAACAUUCAUACUCCCAGUACAUUUGGUGCAAUGGCAAAUUUCCUUGUUCCAAAGCUGCCAGGAGGUCUAGCUGGUAGUCUGUCUAAUGAGAAAUCUUCUAUCUCAUUUGAUCAACCACAGUUUACAAGAAGGGAGAGGCAGGCUGUCAGGCCUCCUGUAGAACAUGAGUGGUCAUUGCCAGGAUUAGAUCACAAUACUAAGCCUCCGGAAAUAUUCCAGCAUGAGUUGAUUCAAAAUUUUUCAUUCAACAUGUUCUGCAAGAUUCCUGUGAGCCAAGUUUGCACAUAUGGAGACCUGCGUAAUGUCUUGAUGAAAAGAAUAUUUUUGACAGCUUUACACUUUCGGAUUAACACUAGAUAUAAGAGUUCAAAUCCUCCUUUUACGUCGAUCGAGUUAGAUCAUAGUGAUUCAGGAAGAGAGGGAUGCACUGUUACCACUCUCACUGUAACAGCAGAACCCAAAAACUGGCAGAGUGCUGUUAAAGUUGCUGUACAAGAGGUUCGAAGACUUAAGGAAUUUGGUGUAACAAAAGGAGAACUAACUCGCUACAUGGAUGCUUUGUUGAAAGAUAGUGAACAAUUGGCUGCAAUGGUUGAUAGUGUCCCAUCUGUUGACAACCUAGAAUUUAUUAUGGAAAGUGAUGCUCUUGGUCAUACCAUCAUGGAUCAGAGACAGGGGCAUGAGAGUUUGGUCACAGUUGCUGAAACAGUCACUCUUGAAGAAGUUAACUCCAUAGGUGCGGAAGUGUUGGAGUUCAUUUCGGACUUUGGAAAACCCACUGCACCGCUUCCUGCAGCCAUCGUUGUAUGUGUUCCGAGCAAAGUACAUAUCGAAGGAGUGGGAGAAACCGAGUUUAAAAUCUAUCCACAUGAAAUAACUGAUUCUAUAAUAGUGGGUUUGAAGGAACCCAUACAUGCCGAACCUGAGCUUGAGGUGCCAAAAGAACUUAUAAGCCAGGCAGUGCUGGAGGAGUUGAGGGUGCAACGAAGACCCUCUUUUGUUCCCAUGUCAAAGGAAGGCAAUGCAACAAAACUAUUUGACAAGGAAACUGGCAUAACACAGUGUUGUCUUUCAAAUGGGAUUCCUGUAAACUACAAGAUAACAGAAAAUGAAGCUAGGUGCGGUGUCAUGCGCCUCAUUGUGCGUGGUGGAAGAGCAACUGAAACUUCUGUAUCAAAAGGAGCUGUUGUAGUGGGUGUCCGAACUCUGAGUGAAGGUGGAUGUGUCGGUAAUUUUUCCAGGGAACAGGUAGAACUUUUUUGUGUUAAUCACCUAAUAAACUGCUCCCUGGAGUCCACUGAGGAAUUCAUUGCUAUGGAAUUCCGAUUUACUUUAAGAGAUAAUGGAAUGCGUGCUGCUUUCCAACUUCUUCAUAUGGUACUUGAGCAUAGUGUGUGGCUAGAAGAUGCAUUUGAUAGAGCCAGGCAGCUAUAUCUAUCAUAUUACCGUUCCAUUCCAAAAAGCUUGGAGCGCUCUACUGCUUUCAAACUUAUGCUUGCAAUGCUAAACGGCGACGAGAGAUUUGUUGAGCCAAUGCCAGAGUCUUUGCAAAAUUUAACACUUCAAUCAGUAAAAGAUGCUGUAAUGAAGCAGUUUGUUGCUGACAAUAUGGAGGUUAGCAUUGUUGGGGAUUUUACUGAGGAAGACAUUGAAGCUUGUAUUCUUGAUUAUCUGGGAACAGUUAGCACUGCAAAAAGUCCUAACAUUGAGCAGUCUUUUGAACCAAUUAUGUUCCGACCUUUCCCGUCUGAUAUUCAUUUCCAACAAGUGUUCCUGAAAGACACUGAUGAGAGAGCAUGUGCAUAUAUUGCGGGCCCAGCCGCAAGCCGUUGGGGAUUCACUGCUGAAGGAAGAGAUCUUUUUUAUUUGAUUAAUGCAUCAAAUAUGGAUGAUGAAAUGUCCAACUCAGAUAAAAUAAUUCACUUGGAAGAGAAAAAUGUUGAAAAGAAUGGUAAAAAAGGUAUUCGCAGUCAUCCGCUAUUCUUCAGCAUAACCUUGGGGCUGUUAGCUGAGAUCAUAAAUUCAAGGCUCUUCACAACAGUCAGGGAUUCUCUGGGAUUAACAUAUGAUGUAUCAUUUGAACUAAGCCUUUUUGAUUGGCUGAAUCUUGGGUGGUAUGUUAUAUCGGUGACAUCGACUCCAAGCAAGGUAUAUAAAGCUGUUGAUGCAUGCAAGAAUGUUCUCAGGGGUUUACACAGUAACAAGAUUGCUCAGAGGGAGCUGGAUCGGGCAAAGAGGACUCUGUUGAUGAGACAUGAGGCUGAAACUAAGUCAAAUGCUUACUGGUUAGGAUUGAUGGCCCACCUUCAAUCUUCUUCCAUUCCAAGGAAGGACAUCUCAUGCAUCAAAGACUUAACUUCCUUAUACGAAGCUGCAAUGAUUGAGGACAUAUAUGUUGCUUAUGAACAUUUGAAAGUAGAUGAUACUUCCUUGUUUUGUUGUAUUGGAGUCGCUGGUGCCCAGGCAGGCGAAGAUAUUUCUGAUUUAGGAGAUGAGGAGCUAGAUGUUGGUCACCAUGGAAUGGCUUCUUCUGGCCGUGGUUUGUCAACAAUGACGCGUCCAACAACCUGAUCUUCCUUGAGUGUUCCUAUUGGCCUGAAAUCUUAGUCAUCUUGGAGGUCAUGGGUCGAAGUGGAAGAACCCUGGGAUGCACCUUGGAGCGCCGUUCUUCAUGCAACAUUGUAACCUCAUACAGAUCAGUCACUGGCGGGGAUGGAUACCAACAAGAAAAAAAUUUCUCUGAAUUUUAAACAGGUUUCAUUUUUUUAUUAUUAUUUGGUGUAAAUUGUAUAUGGAAAUAAAUGAAAAAAAAUUUCAGUUAUUUCUUGGGGAGCUGUUAUUUGGUUCA